UUUACGUUUAUCCCGGUUGGGUUCACUUUCCUUGGACCGAUAAAGCCCAGCCCGAUAGCAUGCUGAAAAGUCUACCAUCGGCGGCGCCCGUCAAACGACUUUUCAUCCUCUCCGACAUCUAAAACUCUGUCAACAAACCCUAGACUAUCAAAUCCACGAAGAAAUUCUUACAUCAAUGGCUGGAGGUCGAUUCCGUGAGUUAUUAAAGAAGUACGGAAAGGUAGCUCUCGGAGUACACUUUUCCGUCUCCGCCGCAAGCAUCUCCGGUUUAUACGUUGCUAUAAAAAACAACGUCGACGUUGAAUCCGCUCUAGAAAAGGUCCGUUUCAAACAGCUUGAAUCGAUCCUCGAAAAAGUUGGUAUGGGAGGCCCAAAGGAAGAAACGGAAGGAGAAGUUGUAACUAUGUCCCAAUCAAAUCAGGAAGUGAAACCGAGGAAUCGGACGGCUGAACUAGCGGCGUCGAGCGGCGGUGCACUGGCGCUGGCUGUUCUCUGUAAUAAGGCUCUUUUUCCGGUAAGGGUUCCAAUCACAAUUGCUCUCACUCCUUCCAUAGCAAAGUUUUUAGCAAGGAGACAAAUAAUUAAAAGCAGUGUAUGAUCGUCUCAUUUCAUCUUUAUUGAAUCAGAAGUGCUUUUUAUCACCAAAAACUUAGGGAGUUGUGAAUUGUUCUUGUUAGAAAAGGAUACUGAGUUUUGCUGGAUGCCAUAGUUGAUCGUUUUGUACAAUUAUUUUGAUUUUGUGCUUAAUGACUCUUCUUCGUUGAUUAAUAAAUAGUUAAAUACCACUUAUGUA